AUGGAGUGCACGGUGGCCGCCCGCUUGGCAUGCAGCGGCGAGCUGCUCACGGUCGUUGACAUGAACAUGGAUGAGACCGUUGCAAGCCUUCGGAAUGCGAUUGCAGAGACGGCGCGGGAAAGCUGCUCCAUGUGGCUCUUGGCUUCCGGGCGCUUGCUCUUGGAUGGCGAGCUGCUGCGUGACACCCUGACGCGCCCCGAAGAUGGCAGGUUCGCUGUGGACAUCGUCCGUUGUGAGCCGCAACCAGCGCUGGCGGCACCGCCUGCCGCUCCGACGAACGUGCGGCUGUUCCCACGCUGCGCGCUGACAGGCGAAGCCUUGGGCGAAGUGCAGCUCUGGCCACUGGACACGCUGAGCGCCUUGCGCGAGGCCGUGCGACGGCGCCUUCCCGAGGAGGAUGAAGGCCCUGUACAGCUCUUGCUGGGUGAGCAUUGCCUGGCCGGGCCCAUCUCGCUGGCCAGCGCUGGCUUGAGGGAUGGCAUGGUCUUGGAGGUCUUGCGCUGCGAAGCUCGCGCGCUCUUCACCGCCUCCGCCGACCACACGGUACGGCUCUGGGAUGCGGAGCUGGGGACCCACCUUGGCACGCUGCCACAAGGUGAGUGGGCGACCUCCUUGGAGUUCCAUGUGGACACGUCACGCCUGGCGGUGGGACUCUUCGACUGCAGCGUGAAGAUUUGGAGCUACGACGGCGGCUUCUCUUGCGAGAGGACGCUGAAUGGCCACCGGGGCCCUGUGAUGUCUGUGGCCUUCAGUGGAGACGGGCAACGCUUGGCCAGCGGCUCCUUUGACCACACGGCCAAGCUUUGGAGUCUUGAGGAUGGCCGUUGCCUGCGCCGCUUCGACGGCCACAGCGACGGCCUCACUGGGGUGACCUUCGGCGACGAAGGCCUCCUGAGCGCCUCCGUGGACAGCAGCUGCAAGCUCUGGCGCUUCGACGCCCAGUCCGCCGCGUGGAGCGCCGAGCACCCAGAUGAGGUGAACUCCGUGAAGUUUACGAAGAAGGAGUGCCGAGUCGUGACGUCCUGUGGGGAUCACCAUGUCCGACUGUGGGAUGGAAAGACCGGAACUUUGCUGCAACUGCUCAGUGGUUUCCCCUCCACUGUCUCUGCGGCGGUCUUCUCUCCCAACGGCUGCCUGGUAUGCGCUACCGGAGCUGAUGGGCAGGCACGGCUUUGGGACCUCACUGGAGAGCUUUUGUGGACCACACCACGGCAGCAUCAAGAUGUGAGCACCUCUGUGGCCUUCUCGGCAGACGGCCAGUGUGUGGCCACCACCAGCAGUGAUGGCACGGCGCGACUGUGGAACAUCGAGUCACAGCGCUGCGAGUUGGUCUUGACAGGCCAUCAAGACGCCGUGAUGGCCGCCUGCUUCGUGUGUCGCAGCGACCUCGAGGUUAGGAAAAGGUCCGGUCGUCUCCCGGACCGUUGUGCCGUUGUGCCGGGGGUGUGA